GCGGGUGGCAGUGUGAGUGGGGAUGUUCGUGUGAGAUGAGAGACAACAGCCUGAGUUUGCCCUCUGGACCUGGAAGCUGAUGCAUCAUGGAGCGGCUGGUUUUCUGCGUUUUGGUAUUCGGCGCGCUGGCAAAGGCGCAGAACUGUCCCGGUCGCUGCAUCUGCCAGACCAUCUCCCCCACGCUGCUCUGCGCCAAGACGGGCCUGCUCUUCGUGCCGCCGACCAUCGACCGCAAGACGGUGGAGCUGCGCCUCACCGACAACUUCAUCACGGUGAUCCGGCGCAAGGACUUCCUCAACAUGACCAGUCUGGUCCACCUGACGCUCUCGCGCAACACCAUCAGCCAAAUCGCACCGCAAGCCUUCGUGGGCCUCCGGGCCCUGCGCGCCCUGCACAUGGACAGCAACCGGCUCACCGUCAUCAAGAGCGAGCACCUGAAGGGGCUGAUGAACCUGCGCCACCUCAUUCUGGGCAACAACCAGAUACACAGCAUCGCCGCCACCUGCUUCGACGAGUUUGUGUCCACCAUCGAGGACCUGGACUUGUCCUACAACAACCUGAGGACUCUGCCGUGGGACGCCAUCGCCAGGAUGACCAACAUCAACACGCUGUCGCUCGACCACAACCUCAUUGACUACAUCAAGGCGGGGACGUUCACCAUGCUCACCAAGCUGGUCCGCCUGGAUAUGACGUCGAACCGUCUGCACAAGCUGCCACCGGAUAACCUCUUUCAGAAUGCGCAGGUCAGUUCUGACCCCAAGAACCCCACCAACCCGAGCAAGCUGGCGGUGAGCUUCGGGGGCAACCCGCUGCACUGCAACUGCGAGCUGCUCUGGCUGCGCCGGCUGACGCGCGAGGAUGACCUGGAGACGUGCGCCUCGCCCGACCAGCUCAUGGACAAGUACUUCUGGUCCAUCCAGGAGGAGGAGUUCAACUGCGUGGCGCCGCUCAUCACCAAGCACGCCGUCUCCAACCCGUACGUCAUGGAGGGCCAGAGCGUGGCGCUGAAGUGCAAGGCUGUGGGCGACCCGGAGCCCGACAUCCACUGGCGCUUCCCCGACGGCAAGCUGGUGCACAACAACUCGCGCACCAUCGUCCACGACAACGGCACGCUGGAGAUCCUCAUCACCACGCUCAAGGACAACGGCGCCUUCACCUGCGUGGCCUCCAACGCCGCCGGCAUGGUGACGGCCACUGUGGAGAUCGGCAUGAUCCCGCUGCCGCUCUUCGUCAACAACACGGCGCACAUGCGGGAGAUGUCGGGCGUGUCGGACAUCACCAUCUCCAAGUCCAACGACACCAAGAGCCAGGACAAGAGGGUGGUGGUGGCCGACGUCACCUCGUCCUCCGCCGUCAUCCGCUGGCCGUCGGAGAGGCACAUCCCCAACAUACGCAUGUACCAGAUCCAGUACAACAGCUCGGCCGACGACACGCUCGUCUACAGAAUGAUCCCGUCCACCAGCAAGACCUUCCUGAUCAACGACCUGGCGGCGGGGCGCGAGUACGACCUCUGCGUGCUGGCCGUGUACGACGACGGCAUCCGGCUGCUGACGGCCACGCGCGUGGUGGGCUGCGUCCAGUUCCACACCACGCCCGAGACCAGCCAGUGCCGCUUCAUCCACAGCCAGUUCCUGGGCGGCACCAUGAUCAUCAUCAUCGGCGGCAUCAUCGUGGCCUCCGUCCUGGUCUUCAUCAUCAUCCUCAUGAUCCGUUACAAGGCCCACGGCGGGCCCGACGGCGCCAAGCCCAAAGGCGGGAGUGGCAGCGGUAGCGGCAGCGGCAGCAGCAGUACGGUCCACCUCCACAACAACGGGAGCGGGGAAGGACGGAGUCAGGGCGGUGGCGGCGCCAGCACUAGCGGUGGCAGGAUGUGCCGCUCGGUCUCCAAGCAGCAAUCGGUGGCUCCGCUGACGGAGGAGAGCCGCUGCCUGGAGGGGCAUCCGUCGUCGUCGUCGAUGGCCAGGGACUGCAAGGCGCUGGUACUCAAGCUGGAGUCGGGAGGCGGUGGUCACGGCGACUCGGCCGUGCUGGAGGUGGACCUGCCCUCGUUCUCGGCCAUGGAGAAGACGGCCAAGGCGGCCGUGGCCGCGCUCGCCCGCCGCGCCAGCCUGGACGCCCAGCAGCUGUACGGCGGGGGCAGCGGGGCGCUGGGUGGCAGCGGGGCCGGGACCUUCUCCGAGGACACGGGCACGGACAGCAGCCUGACGGGCUCCACCAUGUCGCUGUGCCUCAUCGGGCACAGCGGCGGUGGUGGUGGUGGCAGUGGUGGGGGCGGCGGCGGUGGCAGCGGGGCCAAGGACAGCAGGAAGGGUGCCCUGGCUAACAUGGGGCUGCUGCCCAGCGAGCUGGCACGGACGCGACACCGCUUCUCCUUCGACGGGGACUACGCGCUGUUCCAGAGCCACAGCUACCCGCGGCGCGCCCGGACGCGCCGGCACAAGUCCUCCAAUCAGAUCAACGUGGACUCCUCGCCGCUGGCCAAUCGCAAGGUCACGUUCAGCAGCACCGAGUGGAUGCUCGAGAGCACAGUCUGAG